AUGGGACAGCAUCAACACGUUCAAAGCAAAAUACAAAUCAAAGUCCAGAUGACGAAAACCCCAAAGUAAAGGAGAAAAAUAAAAGGUGAACGAGAGAGAGAGCAAAGUAACCUGUCCUCUCCGUUUCCUCUUCUGUGUUAGAUUCAGUUGUAUUUGGUCUUGGGUGUGCCGUUUGCCGUUUGCCGUUUGUGUGAUGUCAAAAGCAUUAUUGGAAAACCCAUCAAAGCAAAUCCCUUAGAUCUCUCUCGUUUUUUCUAUGGUGUGGGUGUGGACUCUCAUAAUAGACUGUUUGUUACUCACCCUUGUUAUUCUUUUGGCCACCAUCUCUGUGGCCAGCGCUGUCUUCGUUACGGAUUUCUGGCGUGAUUCAAGCACCCUAUCCCCAGUCAAGGCCGAUACUAAAGCUUCCAUCCUAAAUUAAUUUCCCGUCGACUUAUGGUAUGUUCACAGUGACAUCCUCUUAAUUUUAGCCCGCUAAUGUCUUUGUUUGAUCAACAAUCGUCCCAGAUCUUGUUUCUGUUUCCAGAAAAUUGAUCUUAGAAUUAGAACCCCACUCUUUGAUCUCUAUUCUCAUUUCUUAGCAUAGUACAUGUGAUAAAAGGGUUGUUUGCUGCUCUGCCUUCACUGAUUGAUUAAAUUUAGAUUCCCAAUAUAUUCUCGUAGUCUUAGGCUUCAUUGAAGAUAGCCUAUCCGAGUGUGUUCUCCAAAGCAAUUCAAUAUUCACGUGAGAAACCCGAAACCCGUCCUUCUUGUUUGGAGGGUCUUACGGUCCUAGUUGGGGAAUUGGGUGUUACUGUGUUUUGGGAGAAAAGUUGAAAGCUUUGAGGAACACUUAAUUUUUUGAACUCUUCUCCAUGUGGGGCAGUGUUGUUGGAAUCGAAUUGGCAGUAAACGAAAUUUCCAGAAGGUAGAUUUUUUUGUUUACUUGCGUGGUGCAAGAUGCAACCGAGGUUAGGGACCGUAGAGGAAGGCAAGGACCCGGCUGUUACGGCUAGAACAAGCCAAACUAGGGUCUUCCCACAGAGGCUGCUUCAAUUGCUUGUGGCCUUCUUUUUCAUGUGUGUUAUCUUUUCGGUUUUUCUUGUGUACAUGAUUCGGUAUUUUGGAGUUCAAAGUACAGUAACUGCAAUGGCCACAGUAAAGCCAACCUUCCAAAGUUGCGAUCAAGAGCCUACUAGUUUAGAACACUGGAUCAAGCCCCCAUCGAAUUUGAUUCACACAAUGACAGACAAAGAGCUCCUUUGGAGGGGAUCUUUUGUCCCAAGAAUACAGGCUUAUCCAUUUGAGAGAGUUCCUAAGAUCGCUUUCAUGUUCUUGACUAAGGGACCAUUACCACUGGCGCCUCUUUGGGAAAGAUUUUUUAAGGGGCACGAGGGAUACUAUUCGAUUUAUGUUCAUUCAUUGCCAUCAUUUGAAGCACAUUACCCUCCUUCGUCAGUUUUCUACAGAAGGCAAAUACCAAGCCAGGUUUCAGAAUGGGGGAGGAUGAGCAUGUGUGAUGCCGAGAGAAGACUUCUGGCUAACGCAUUGCUUGAUAUUUCUAACGAGUGGUUUGUGCUCCUUUCUGAAUCUUGCGUUCCCCUAUACAACUUCAGCGCCAUCUACCACUACAUUAAGAGAUCCAGAUACAGCUUCAUCGGUGCAUUUGACGACCCUGGACCAUAUGGUAGAGGACGGUAUAACGGAAACAUGGCACCCGAGGUCAACAUCUCACAGUGGCGCAAAGGGUCGCAAUGGUUUGAAAUCGACCGAAAACUAGCAGUCAACAUCGUGGAAGACACCAAAUUUUACCCAAAAUUUGCUGUGUUCUGCCGACCCGCGUGCUACGUGGACGAGCAUUACUUCCCCACCAUGCUGACGAUCCAAGCGGCGAAUCUCCUGGCAAAUAGAAGCAUCACUUGGGUGGACUGGUCGAGAGGGGGGGCUCAUCCCGCCACCUUUGGAAGGGCAGAUAUAACAGAGGAAUUCUUGAAAAGAGUUCUGGAAGGUCACAGCUGCCUGUACAAUAACCAGCCGUCUUCUGUGUGCUUCCUCUUUGCCAGAAAAUUUGCUCCAAGCGCCUUGGAACCUCUGCUGCUAGUGGCACCAAAAUAUUUUGGCUAUUGAGUGAGAUUCAUUCAGUAGGGGUCUGAAUUUUGCAAGCGAUGGUGCUUAGGAAAAUUUGAGCUUUUGGUACAUGAUGAUGUCUUCUGGAGCUUAUAUAAGGAAAGAAAAAGAUCCAUUCUUUCUGGUUUGCCAAUUCCCUAGUUUAGCUUAUAUAAAUAAGAGCUUUUUGAUGUACAGCAAAUUCAAAUCUUCCUUUUGUAAUUGCAUUGCCUUUCAACUGUAUUCUUCUUUUUCAUUGUUUCUUUUUUGCUUUUGGAUAGCCAAAUGCACAUAUGACA